AGGCUGGGAAACUCAUUGUGACACACAAACAAAGCAUAGCAACCAAGGCCUCAAAGAAAGAUUGAAUAGCAACUUGACCCUUAAUUUAUUUUCACUGCAAUUUUGGUCCUUUGGUGUUGAGGGGUUUAAUUAUUGGUUCAUAGUUUUUAUAGUAGAAGCAGAGAGAGAACCACAACCAUUCAACCACCACUAGCUGUUGUUGCUCUUCACCAUGUCUGAGGGAUAUUACAAUUCCAAGAAGACUGAUGACAUCUGUGGAGAUGUUUGUAGCCAGGGAACUCGUGCAGUGUUGAGCAUAUCAAGGCUAAGAUGCAUUUUGCGAGGGUUGGACUUCAAGAGCUACAUAUUUUUGUUUGUGGUUGUUCCAAUGGGAAUCGUCUGUCUGUAUUUUCAUGGGCAGAAAAUUUCAUACUUUCUGAGACCCCUUUGGGAAUCUCCUCCAAAGCCCUUCUAUGAAAUCCCUCACUAUUAUCAUGAGAAUGUAUCAAUGCAGACUUUAUGCAGACUUCAUGGUUGGAGAAUUCGUGAAUCACCGAGACGAGUCUUUGAUGCUGUUCUGUUUAGUAAUGAAGUUGACAUCCUUACCAUUCGUUGGAAAGAAAUGUAUCCUUAUGUGACACGUUAUGUAAUCCUCGAAUCAAACUCAACAUUUACAGGAUUGCCCAAACCAUUGAUUUUUGCAGGUAAUAGGGACAAUUUUAGGUUUGUUGAGUCUAGAUUGACAUAUGGAGUGAUUGGGGGAAGAUUUAAGAAAGGUGAGAAUCCUUUUGUUGAAGAGGCAUACCAAAGAGUUGCCUUGGACAGGCUUCUUAAGAUAGCAGGAAUAGAAGAUGAUGAUCUCUUGAUAAUGUCUGAUGUUGAUGAGAUUCCUAGUGCUCACACAAUAAACCUCUUGAGGUGGUGCAAUGGCAUCCCUUCUGUUCUUCAUCUUCAAAUGAGGAACUACUUGUACUCUUUUGAGUUCUUUCUAGACAACCAAAGUUGGAGAGCAUCAGUUCAUAAAUACCAAACCGGCAAGACUUGUUAUGCACACUAUAGACAAGCUGAUGUCGUGUUGUCAGAUGCUGGCUGGCAUUGUAGCUUCUGUUUUCGCCAUAUAAGUGAUUUUGUAUUCAAGAUGAAAGCUUACAGCCACAAUGAUAGGGUGAGGUUCGCUCAUUACUUGAACCGUAACUGGAUUCAGGAUGUGAUAUGCAAAGGAGCUGACCUGUUUGACAUGCUUCCUGAAGAGUAUACAUUUAAGGAGAUUAUUGGGAAGAUGGGACCCAUUCCUCAUUCUUACUCAGCUGUUCAUCUUCCAUCAUAUUUGUUGAACAAUGCUGAGAAAUACAAAUACUUGUUGCCUGGUAACUGCAGAAGAGAAAGUAGCUGAACAUUUAGAAUAUGAGAUCCACUGACAUUGUGUGUAACAACAAAAGGAGCAGUAUUGAAUGACUUAUAUCCAUGGUGUGGUUAUCAUGGGACAGAUACACCUUUACACUAAGCAAAUGCAGGCCAUUCUUUGGAGAUAUGCACAAAUGAGGGGGCUUGUUGUUAGGGAAAUAUUGUUGCAACUUUUUGGCAAGCUUUUGUACCUUUUCUUAGGAUAUGUAUAAAUAACCCUACAUGUCUAAUAUGGUUGCAAGACAUUCCCAACCUUUUCUCGUGGGAAUUUGGAUUUCUUGGUCUAAGUUAUACACAUAUUCUAACCACUUAGGUUGUUAAAUGACUCAUGUCAAGUUUAAAUUAAUUCUAUAAUUCAAUUUUGAUUCAUUUCUCUAGUUUGUUUCUAAGGACAAGAAGUGAUAUUGUGGUUCCAUGCUUGUUAGAUUUCGGAACUUCAAUCUUUUAAUUCUCAAUAUAAAUUCAAUUGGUCAUGAUGAUUUUGUCUUCGUCCAACACUUUUCAUUGUGCACUCAAAGUCAUCCAAAGAAGAUAAAUGGACACGGGAACAAAAACUUUUUGCAUAAAUAUUUUUCGUAGCUGUUUGUUUUUCUUUUUCUGUUUUUGUAAAAUGGCUAUUUUAUUAUAAGUGGACUCUAUUGACUUGGUCGAGCUGUGCCAAUGGUUGGAUCUUUUUCCUUGGAAAUUGACCCCUUUAUUUAUGUUUUUCAUUUUGAAAGACUUGGAGGAACUAAAAACUUGUGGCUUUGCUUUGAGGAUUAAUCUUGGACCCCACCAUCCUAGCCUAACGAGCACGUCUUAAAAAUUAGAUUCCCACUAAGUGGAGUCUUUUUUCAACAAUCAAAUUCAUUGUGUAUUUGACUCUUCAAUGUUUUUCUAAGCAGUUUUGUUAUAUCUUCUUCUUUGUUUAGGUCUUAUUUUAUAAAGUAAACAUUAAAUAAAAGCAUAAAAUUUAUUUGUUUCC